AUGCCAAACAAGAGCUUGUUAGUAACAGAAGCUUUUGCUCGUGGCUUAUCGGAUAAGAUAAGAAAACGGUGAAAAUGACCGGCUAGAGUUAUCAUUAUGCGUUAGAAUCGCAUUAUGCGUUAUAGUUGAUAGAGUAUUGUAUUCCGUUUUUAACUAGUUGCCUCCAUGCCCCCUCUCUCAGAGGCAGUGAAGAGGCUUUGAUCUCGUUGCCAUGGCAGCUGUCAGAAGCGCGGCGCAAACCACAGCCUGCCUGGCGCGAGACUUGUCCAACUCUACUUAGAAAUGUUUAGCUUAACUAAAUUCUAAUCAAGACUUACUGCUUGGAUGCCUUUCUUCGCCUCGUUUAACCACUUCAGUUUCGAAAGCGGCGGAUUGCAAUGUUUUCCCUCUGAUAUUCAAAUAAACUAGCGCGUGGAAUCACCAAGGAUGUCGCAGAGUUCAUAUGGGCAGAUGUGGGAUGCUGCUCAGGGAGCUUUGGCAGACCUUCUGGAGGAUGAAUAUCCCACAAUGCAGCUCCGUCCUCAAAAGGACCGUCUUCAGGUCUUUCAGACACUGGCAACUUUCUACCUGCGCUACCUGAAGAUAUUCCGGGCCCUGGAGGAGGUUUAUGAUAUGCUUGUUCACCCCCAAAAGAGGCGUGUUGUGCACCAGGUUCUUGAGGGGGUGAUGGGACGUCUUGUAGAGCUGAAGAAUGAGAUGGUGGAGCUGGAGUACUCAGAGUUUCACUACUUUGAUGACAUAUUGCAGGAUUUCAAAAUGACACCUGAGGAUCUUGAGGUGCCUAUUCCACGCUAUUUUGUGAGGGAGAAGAUCAGGGCACUAAAAGAGAGAGAAAAGAUGUUGGCCCAUAUUUUGGCUAAAGGAGGACAUCAGAAACAUAAAACUGUGCAAGUUCAGUCCAUGUCUGUGGAGCGGGCUGUGUGGCUGCUGCAGGUCAGUGAGCGAGCUCGGCAGGGAAGACUGAGAGCUCACUUCAUGAAGACAAUUCGGCAGGAGGAACAAAGAAGACUUCAGGGUAACUCUAGCAUGCUGGACCCUAACCAGGCAGCCACCUGCAUUCAGAAGGUUUGGCGGGGGUAUUGGGACAGGAGGAGGGUCAACAAGGAAUGUCUAGAGGAGAUGAUAUUUUUGGGAAUGAUACCAGCCCAGCAAACGACACCUAGCCCUUCCCAACUGCAUGCCCAGCAGGUGGAAAGCAGGAGACAUUAUGUGCAGGAGGAGCAUGAGGCUGAGUACCAGAAGGCACUGGUCAACAUCAAAGAGUCUGUGCGGUCUGUCGAUGGGCCAGAUAUCAAAGAGAGCCUGCAAGAACAAAUACGCCAGUGGUUUCUUGAGUGUCGAGAUGCCACAGGGAAAUUCCCUGACUUCCCAAAUCCUGAAGAUGGAGGAUCUGCAUCUAUAUUUGCUCAUAAGACACCAGAACAGGUUGCUGCUGAAUUUGCUGCCAGAGAAGAAGAGAGGGAGAAGAAGAAAAAAUCAAAGGGAGAGAAAGACAAAAAAGGGAAUGACCGCAAAGAGAAGAAGAAAGAAAAGAAAGAGAAGAUGAAGGGGAAAAAGGGGAAAGGAGAUACAGAGGAAGAAGAGAAGGGAUGGAAGAUGACUCCCAGUAACUUCCUUCCUACAGUAGUCGAGGGAGCCAAACUGUACAAAGAAGUUUGGCAUAACCGAGAUGAAAAACAGAACUUCCUUCAGUGUUUUGAUGCUCAACUGGUGCGUGAGGAGAAGAGAUUGGAAGUUGAAGAGGAGCUCAGAGUUCAGGUGGAUGAACUGAUGAGACAGGAACUGAAGAACCUUAAACUGGUGGUAGACAGAGACAAGGGAAAGAAAAAGAAAAAAGUAAAGAAAAGUAGUAAAAAGAAAAAAAAGAAGGGGCGGAAGGCUGGAAAGAAGAAGAAGAAGAAAGAGAAAGAUCUCACAGCUGACAGGACCAUAGAAUCUCUGUAUGAGGAGCUUGUAAUGGAAGGCUUCAUAAUCAGGCCAAAGAACAUCAAGUUGACAGAUUACAUUGGCGAAUACAGUUACCUGGGCACAACAUUGCGGCAAGCAGAUAUUGAGCCCAUGCCAUCUCUGUCUGAUGUCAGACAGCUCAUUGCACUGUAUGGCGUCCUGCCUCUGGGUUCUCAGUGCGUCCAUGAAAGAGGGCCCCUGAUCCGGGCUCUGCUGCUUACAGGGCCGGCAGGUGUUGGGAAGAAGAUGUUGAUCCAUUCCCUGUGCACCGAGACUGGGGCGAACCUAUUUGACCUCUCCCCUGCAACACUAGCUGGUAAAUAUCCAGGCAAAAGCGGACUGCAAUACCUCCUGCACAUGGUCUUUAAGGUGGCUCGGCAGCUGCAGCCCUCAGUCAUUUGGAUUGGCGACGCUGAGAAAACAUUCUACAAGAAAGUUCCAAAGCUGGAGAAAGAGAUGGAGCCCAAAAGAGUAAAGAAAAGCCUGCCGAAGGUCCUGAAAUCUAUUAAAUCAGAGGACCGAGUGUUAGUGGUGGGGACGACUCGUAGACCUUUCGAUGCAGACAUAAAACCUUUCUGUAAAGUUUACAAGAAGAUCAUUUUGAUCCCUAGACCAGAUUAUGCUUCAAGAUUUACUCUGUGGAAGGAGCUGCUCCAAGCAGGUGGUGCUCAGCUGGGUCCUAAGCUGGAUCUGAGCUCUCUAGCUAAAGUAACAGAUGGUUACACUCAGGGUCACAUCCUUCAGGCGAUCCAAACUGUCCUAAACUCUCACCGCCUCAAUCAGCAGACCAAGAGACCCCUCACUGCGGUGGAGUUCAUCCCCCCUCUUGCAAGACAAGAUCCUGUCUACAAAGAAGAGGAGGAAGCCUUCAAGGCAUGGUACACCCGGACACCUCUGGGCAAAAAAUGGGCACGAGCGGCCAAGGCCAGUGAAGAGGAUCACAAGAAAGGGAAAACUAAAGGAGGAAAAUCACAAAAGAAAGAAAAAAAGGGAAAGAAUAAAAAGAGAAAUAAAAAGAAGUGAAAAUGGACACUCUUUUAAA